GUGGACACGUCGACCAUGAUCGCAAUUGAGACCCAGCGGCCGGCUCUAUCAUGACCUCUUUCACCGACAUCUGGCAGGGCUUGUGGGAGAGCAUUGUCGACAAUAGAAACAAGCUCACGGCAACAGGUGGGUUCCUGCUGGGAAUCGUAGCCACUUUGGGCUUCAAAGACUUCUAUCCGGAUCUCGAGCAUGCCUUUCAACAGCGAUAUCGCAAUCUUCGGAACCUACAACGUCCAAAUCCGCAUCCCAACCAGCCAGAUCAUCUCCGCCUUGAAGAUCACACUAGGAGGAAAUCAGUCGCAGCGCUAAAGGGACAUGGCACAGGUCAUCCUGAGCUCGAAGACAUCCGCGAAGGAGUGGAAGGUCUGAUCGGUAACACGCCUCUGAUCAAGCUCAAAGCCCUCAGUGAAGCGACAGGAUGCGAGAUCUUGGCCAAAGCCGAACUUCUCAACGGAGCAGGAAACUCACCCAAAGACCGUGUUGCUCUGUCAAUGAUCGUCUGCGCGGAGGAGGCGGGACUACUCAAGCCGGGUCGAGGUGACACUGUCUACGAAGGGACCGUGGGCUCGACGGGAAUCUCCUUGGCCGCAGUUUGCAGAGCAAGAGGCUACAAAGCUCACAUUUGCAUGCCCGACGAUGUCUCGGUGGAGAAGAGCGACCUCCUCCUCAAACUGGGGGCCACAGUAGAGCGAGUGCGUCCCGCCAGCAUUGUGGAUCAGAAUCAAUUCGUCAACACUGCACGUCGUCGAGCGCAGGAGCAUACAGAUGACCCAAACCGAGAAGGACGAGGCUUCUUCGCCGACCAAUUUGAAAACACAGCCAACUACCUCGCCCACGAAACCUCGACUGGACCAGAAAUCUACACCCAAACAGGUGGGCGACUAGAUGCCUUUAUAGCAGGAGCCGGCACAGGAGGAACCAUCUCAGGCGUCGCACUGGCUCUCAAACCGCUACUACCGGACAUGAAAGUCGUACUCGCAGACCCACAAGGCUCGGGACUGUUCAACAAGAUCAAGUACGGCGUCAUGUUUUCAUCGACAGAAGCUGAGGGGACCCGCCGACGGCAUCAAGUCGACAGUAUCGUCGAGGGAGUCGGUAUAAAUCGAUUGACGGAUAACAUGAACGCGGGCCUGCAUCUGAUCGACGAUGCGAUCAAGGUCACAGACGAACAGGCAAUGAAGAUGGCGCGGUGGAUGGUCGAGAAGGAAGGGCUCUUUGUGGGCGCCAGCUCGGCGGUGAAUCUCGUGGCGGCGGCGACAUUGGCGAAGCAGAUGGACAAGGGGAAGAGGAUCGUCACCGUGAUUUGUGACUCGGGAAACAGGCAUUUGAGCAAAUUCUGGAAGGAGGCGGGCGAUGUUGGUGGAAGCGAUGUCGAGUUCUCCUUGGAGGAGAUUCUGCAGGGCGGUGCGGGUGAAGAGUGA